AUGUCAGGUUUGUCAUUGUGGUAUACACGUAAUACGUCGAGUGGUACUAGCUAUUGUAAUAAUGGUUGGAUUGGUAUGAAUUCGAACAAACAAGCAGAUAUACAGAAGGAGAACGAGUUCAAUUUUAAACCUGGUCAAAUAGCAUUCCAUCCAGGUAUUACAAACUCUCAUAGUUGUAUUCGUUUCACAGUCCCAUCUGCUGGUUUCUACGAUGUGCAAGGUGUAUUCUUUUCAUCAGGACCUGCUACUAAUCUAAAUGGAGAUGCAACCACAGAUGUACAUUUGUCCAUCAAUAAUGUUGAGCUUCGAUCGUUGUGGAUCAAUCAAAACACAGGCAUACUAGUCUUCCCUCAGAUUUAUUUGAAUAUGGGCGACUAUGUUCAGUUUGAGAUUGGUUGGGGAAAGAACAAUAAUUAUAAUUAUGAUUCAACUGCUGCGAACAUCACUAUUACAGGCUAUUAUUAA